UUUCCGUUCUGCUUUUAGUACGAUUACUAAAACAUGAUAUAGCUAUAAGCUCUACCACUUCUUUCUAGAUCUCAUCUCAUCCUUGAAUCUAUCCUCAUCCUCAGGUGCAACGUAGGUCUUCAUAAUCAUAUACUCUCUCUGCAGCUUCUUUCUUGAUCUGGAGCUAAUUUUUGACAGGUUUACUGGUUUUGGAUAGGGAUAUGGAUUCUUCUUCUUCUUCUUCUUCUUCUCUUCCUUUUCCUGCUCCUCUUCGAGAAAAGUACGAUGUGUUUCUUAGUUUCAGAGGUGAAGACACACGCGCCACUUUUACCAGCCAUCUUCACAAGGCUUUACUUGGGAAGAACAUUGACACCUACAUAGAUCGCAGGCUCGAGAGAGGAGAUGAAAUUGCUCCUGCCCUUCUAAAAGCAAUCGAGAGAUCGAAAAUUGCACUUGUCAUUUUCUCAAAAGACUAUGCGUCUUCCACUUGGUGUUUGAAAGAACUUGUUCAUAUACUUGGAUGCAAGAAAAGCUAUGGACAGAUUGUUAUACCCAUUUUUUAUCGCAUAGAUCCAUCAGAUGUACGAAAGCAGCAGGGAACUUAUGCACUUGAAGAUCGUCCACGUAAGCGCAGUAGGGAUGAGGUGGCCAACUGGAGGGCUGCUUUGGAGGAAGCAGCCAAUAUUUCUGGGUUUCAUGAUUCAAGCAAAACAGGGACGGAGGCCGAUUUUGUUGAGGAAGUUGUUCAAGAUGUUUUGACCAAAUUGAAUAGCCAAUCGUUAGGGGAUUUAAAAGGUCUGGUUGGAAUUCAAAGGAAAAUUGAGGAAAUUGAGUCGUUAUUAUGCUUGGAUUCACCAGGUGUUUGCUGUGUAGGUAUAUGGGGCAUGGGUGGUAUUGGCAAGACCACCCUUGCUGAUGCUGUAUUUCACAAGCUGUCCUCUAAAUUUGAUGCUGCUUGUUUUCUUGCAAAUGUCAGGGAGAAAUCAGAAAAAACGGAUGGACUACAUCAGUUGCGAAAUAAACUUGUUGGUGAGAUAUUAAAGGAUAAAGAUGUAAAUAUCGACACUCCGUCUAUACCACCUUAUAUUCAAGAUAGGCUCAGGCGUACAAAGGCGCUCAUUGUUCUUGAUGAUGUGAAUGCUCGAAAACAACUAGAAUAUCUUGUUGGUGAUGAUGAUCGGUUUUGCCAAGGAAGUCGAAUCAUUAUAACUGCUAGAGAUAAAGGCCUACUUGAGCAAAAAGUUGACCCUGAAAAGAUAUACAAUGUUGAGGGAUUAUGUUCUGAUGAAGCUCUUAAGCUCUUUCAUUCGCAUGCUUUUGGAAUUAAGUCUCCGACAACAGAUUAUAUUGGGUUGUCAAAAAAGGUGAUAGUUUAUAGUAAGGGCAAUCCAUUAGCUCUUAAAGUUAUGGGGUCCUCAUUCCAUCGUUGCAAGAGCAAACGAGAGUGGGAAGUUCAAUGGAAAAAAGUGAAACGAGUUCCAAUCGGAGAAAUCCAGGAAGUGUUGAGAGUAAGUUACGAUGGAUUAGAUGACAAUGCGAAGGAGAUAUUUCUUGAUAUAGCAUGUUUUCAUAAAGGCCGUAUGAGGAAUGAUGUAGAAAGAAUGUUAGAUAGUUGUGAUUUCUUUGGGGAAACAGGAAUCAAUGAUCUUAUUGAUAGGUCUCUCAUAUCAAUUUCAUUCAAUUCCUAUGACAAGGAAUGUAUAGAGAUGCAUGAUUUGGUGGAAGAAAUGGGUAAGGCAAUUGCUCAAGGCAGUAGGUUACUCAUGACAAAGGAUGUCAAUCAAUUAUUGGCAAAUAACCAGAGCGAUGGACAUGUUCAAGCCAUAUCCAUUGAUGGUUUGCUUGAGAUGGAAUAUGCAAACUUCGAAAAGAUGCGUGAACUGAGAUUGCUAAGUGUCUUUUCUUUUGAGGACCUCGCAACUUCAUUAAUUGGUUCUCUAGGUCUUCCAAAUUCUCUCAGAUAUCUUGACUGGUACAGAUAUCCUUUGAAAUCUUUGCCAUCAAAAUUUUCUGCUCAAAAUCUUGUUGUCCUUGAAAUGCCGGGCAGCCAAGUUGUGGGGCAACUUUGGAAUGAAGACCAGAGUCCUGUGAACUUAAAAUGGAUCUGUCUUAAUGCAUGCAAAGAUCUAACUGAAGUCCCAAAUCUCUCUCGGAGUCUAAAAAUUGAGCAUAUAGAAAUGAAUGACUGUCAAAGUUUGGUUGAAAUUCCUUCGUAUUUUCAACAUCUUGGCAAGCUUACUUAUCUUGACCUUGGGGGCUGCACAAAUCUCAAAAUUCUUCCCAAGAUGCCAUGUAAUCUUGAAGUCUUACUUUUAUCUGACACAGCAAUAGAGGAAUUGCCUUCAUCAGUUUGGUCUCACGAAAAAAUAUCUCGCUUAGAUAUUACAUCUUGUGAACAUCUUAAGAGUCUUCCAAGCAACACUUGUAAGCUGAAACUCUCUCUUAGUCUAGAAGGCUGCGAAUCUCUUUUCGAGUUUUGGGAGCUUCCCAGGGAUACAACAGAGCUAGCGUUGACUUAUUCAACAAUAAAAGAAUUGAGGAUUAAUGCAUCAAUAGAGUAUGCCGUUGGUCUCACUGCAAUUAAACUGAAUUAUUGCGAAAGUCUUGUGAGUCUCCCAACGAACAUUUGGAAGUUGAAAUCUCUAAAGAGCCUUGAUCUCCAGGAUUGUUUUAACUUUCAAAACUUCCCAGAAAUCUCAGAGGUUAUGGAAUAUCUAGAGUUUCUAAAUUUAUCAGGUACAGCGGUUAAAGAGCUACCCCCAUCAAUUAGAAAUCUAGUUGCGCUUCGAGAAUUAAAUCUCAAGUGCUGCGAUAACCUUGAAUCUUUACCAGAGCUCCCCCCAUCACUGAAGGCAAUUAAUCUCCAGGAUUGUUCUAACUUUCAAAACUUCCCAGAAAUCUCGGAGGUUAUGGAAUAUCUAGAGUUUCUAAAUUUAUCAGGUACAGCGGUUAAAGAGCUACCCCCAUCAAUUAGAAAUCUAGUUGCGCUUCGGAAAUUAGAUCUCAAGCACUGCAAGAACCUUGAGGUUGUCCCCGAUGAGCUCUUUUGCUUAACCUCAUUACAAGUGUUAAAUAUGUGGGGGACCGAAAUUAAGAGCUUACCUGCAAGCAUCAAACAAGCUGCUCAGUUGUCUCGCCUGUUCCUCACCAACUGCAAGAGCCUUGAAUCUUUACUAGAGCUCCCCCCAUUGCUUCAACAUCUUGAAGUAGUAGGUUGCACGUCACUAAAGACAGUGUCAAGUUCAAGCACUGCACUCGCACAAGGUUGGGAAAAAUAUAAAUUUUCUCCAGGGCUUCAUGAGAAACAUAUAUUUUUGGAAUGCCCAGAGUUGGAUGAGAACGCACGAAGCAACAUAAUGGCUGAUGCACAACUCAGAAUUAUGCGAAUGGCAACUGCUUCGUCAAAGUUUAAAGAAGACAAAAUUGAAAAAGCAUCAUAUAAUUCAAAUAAGGAAUCUUCCGUUGGCAUUAGAUGUCAUGGGAAUGAAAUUCCAAAAUGGUUCAGCCAUAAAAGUGAGGGAUGUUCAAUAAAGAUUGAGCUUCCUCGUGAUUGGUUUAGCACAGAUUUCUUGGGUUUCGCUCUAUCUCUUGUUGUUGUUGGUGAUACAAGUUAUAUGCAUAUUGGAUGCAAGUACAACUUCAAAACUAGUAAUGGUGAAAGCCAUGAAGUCAACCAUCCUUUGUUUUAUGAUUCACAAAUAAAUGAACUAACCUUUGUUUAUGAAGAUUCACAUGAGGUGUUUGUGUGGUGGUAUAAUAAUGUCUUUGAAGAAGUUGCAGAGGAAGCUCGAAGCCCCACUGUGUUUUACAACCAUUUUACUGAGGUCAAUGUUGACUUCAACCUACUGAAUUAUCACCGCGAACCCCUUCCGGUGGGGGACGAGGUGGGGGUGGAAAAGUGUGGGAUAUGUCUGUUGUAUGGCAAAGAUGCUGAGAUGAUAAAGCAGAGGGCUUUGUAUGCCCAAGAUGACGAAAUUCAAAAUUUCUUUUGAUUUGAGCUGUUUGCUUUGCAAGCCUUGUGGCUGAGGAUGCUUUUGAUUUUGAGUUUGUUUUAACGCCCCAUGUAAGCCAUGUAAUUUCCUUCAUUGAUUUCAAGUUUUCAAUUGUUAAAAAGUCAACAGUACUAAAUUGUACAUCAAUUGGAUUUCUGGAGAUGAAGAAAGCAGGGCCAUCGUUGGAUUCAAUGCC